AUGGACAUAAUAGAAAACUUUAGAAAAAAUUCAGUUAUUUCUAAUAAUAUUUAUUAAUCAGUUGAUUUCUUUUGGCAUGUAGGCGAUUAAUUAGGUAAAUUAAACGAGUAAAAAUCUUCUAAUAAUGAUAAUUCUAAUGACAACUUUGAGAACUUAUGGGAAAGUUUAUUCACUAAAUUAAUAGUUAUAACAGGUGAUAAUUCACCAGAGGUUCGAUAAUCUUCAAUUAUUACAAUAACUAAAUUAAUAACUACAAAUAUGAAAUUUUUCUCAUCUAAAUUUUGGUUGAAAAUAAGUAAAGAUCUUUUUAUAAAGCAAAUAGAUAAAAUUUAUUUGAAAAUAUUAAAAAAUUACGAAGAAAAUCCGCAUGAACAUCCUCAAUUUCAUUUAUAAACUCCGAAAUUUUCGGGAAUUCCUGAAACUCCGAAAUUCACGAUUCCUUCUGAUAAUAAUUCCAUAAAUUUGAUGUUAAAUCAUAUUUCUGCUUAUGAAAAAAUAUUGAAUUUAAAAGCUUGGGAAAACACGCUUAUUAUGUUAUUUUAAAGCCUUUAGAAAAUAAAUAAAAGAGCAUUUUUAAUUUCUGAUAUUGACGAGAGUUUAAUUUAACUUUAUAUUUUUAUUUUUUCGAAAUUUAAGGAAAUUAUUAGUUUUCUGAAUUAAGAAUUGGUUUUUGAGUUUUUUAUUUUAAUUAAAGAUUUCGUGUAAAAUAAACCGGUUCAGGCUUUAAAAACAUUCGAUUUUGUUAAAGAAAUGCUUUUAGAUUAUUAAAAUAGUAUGAAUCAUAUUACUGGAGAAGAUAAAAUGCAAAGUAAAGUCGCCUUAUAGCAAAUUCUUCCUUAAACAAUGCAUAUAUAUGCACUUUAUUUAAACUUUUGUAUAUAAGAAACGAAUUGUAUAGUGAUAAUGAACUCUUUUAUUGAAUUUUUUAAAGCUGCUGUUUAAUUUGCGAAAAAAGUAGACAGUUAUGGAGUUGUUUCACAUUUUAAUUUAAAUGAUGACAAUACUUUUUAUAAUGUAAUUAAAGAAUUUGAAGGGUUUAUUUUAUUAAAAAGCGAAUAAGUAUAAAAUUAAAUGCUUCUUUUUAUGAUUGAUAUAUUAAAUAUGUAAAUAAAUGAUCGAAUAAGUUAUUUAGUAGUGUUAAAAUUUAUGAAUUUUUUUGCUAAUUUUAUUAUUAAUAUAGAUUUCUAGGAAAAUAUUUAAUAGGUUUUUAUAUAAUACUUUCUUGCGAAAAUCGAAGUACUUGUUGAAUUGAGAUAUGAUUACUAGUAUUUGUGUUUUCAUUAGAAAUUACCCAAAAAUUUCUAAUUUAUUUGGAAAUAGGCUUUUGGGGUGUUUUUUUAAAUUGCUGAGUUUUUAAUUAAAAAACAUAAAUCUAUUAAUCAUAAUCUUUUUAUCAUUUUCGAAAAUCUUCUUUAAAGGCCUAAAGAAAAAAUUGAUUAAUUUUAAAAUGAGGAUUAGAAUUUAAUUAUUUAAGAAAUAAGUAAAAUAGAAUAAGCUUGUAUUGAAUUUAUUAUUGCCCAAAUGAAUGAUGAAAAUUUAGUUUUAGACGAUGAAUAAUAUAAAUGA